CCCAGUCCUACGUGUCAUCCUCGUCGAGAAUCUGGCAGCAUGCGAUGUCACAUGCUGGAAAUGGAGCUGAAGAGAGAAAGAGCAAGACUUCGGGAAGCUGAAGGCCGGCGUCGUUCUUCAAGACGUAACUGCGACAGAAGAUCAACGAGUCGGAGGCACCGCAGUCGGUCUCCACCUGGUCGGCACCACACCUUACCCCACGCUGAGCAACGUGUCACAAGCCAAGCUGAGCAGCAGGAGGAACAGCACGCUGAGCAUCGGCCUGAGAGACGGGCCAAGCGACCAGCCGAGCAUCGUGACGACGCUGGACGUUAUGAAAGGUCACGUAGCCCUUCUUUUUCCAAAAAGGAUUUAGUUGAUAUUAUUUUGCAAUUAAGGGGUGGUCUUACAUCCCAACCACCUGCACAGCCCGCACAACAGCCUUUACAGAAAAUAGACCACAAAAACAUCUUACCUGGCUUUGACCCUUCAACCAAAAAUCAACGUAUGGAUAUUUGGUUGAAGAAGGUUAAUGAAUGCGCUGCUGUGUAUGGUUGGGAUGAGAGGACUACCACGCAUUUCGCCAUGCAGAAAUUGCAAGGUCUGGCCAAGACGUGGUACGAAAGCCUAAAUACGAUUCUCUUUAGUUGGCAAGAGUGGCAAGCAAAGUUGCUCGACGCGUUUCCUUGUGACCAAAACUAUGGCCAGAUCUUGGAAGACAUGCUCAAAAGAAAAAGCAAGUUUAAUGAACCCAUAGAAGUAUAUUAUUACGAGAAACUGAGUCUAGUUAACCAGUGUGACAUAGUAGGGAAACGCGCCGCGGAUUGCAUAAUACAUGGAAUCACCGAUCGAACGCUUAGGUCUGGUGCUUUAGCGUUGCGCUGUACUCACCCGGAUCAAUUACUGCCUUUUCUGAUGAGUUACAAAGAAUCGAGUCAAAUUAGUUCAGAUCGUUACCAUGUCAGAAAUAGGACCAUGGGUAAUACUUUUGUCGGGGGAAAUAGUACAGCUCAACCUAAACCUGGCCUUAAGCCGGGGCAACAAUCGGGUUGCUAUAAUUGCAAGGAACCUGGUCAUAGUUACCUUUACUGUACUAAACCCAUCAUUAAAUGCACAAAAUGCAACAGGAUAGGCCAUACAGCGGAAAAGUGCUUUACUAAGAAUAGCGUCCCUGGCGAUAAAUUGACUAGUUCUAACACUACCGUACCAAAGGUCAUGAAAAUUAAUCUUGUUGACUCUGAUGUUACCUCUAGACCCAGUUCUAAGUAUUUCAAGGAUGUAGUAGUGCAGGGUAGGACUCUUACGGCAUUUAUAGAUUUUGGUAGCCAGCUCACCUUGAUUAGGGAAUCUACGGUAAAGGAGUUGGGUAUAUCGCACGACCAUAUUCCCACACUAAUGAAGGGUUUCGGUAAUGGCCUAACUAUGUCGUUGGGUAGCCUGACACUUGAUCUCUCGGUUGACGGGGUAGGAGCCACUGUUAGUUUCAGAGCUGUCGACGACGAAUUGUUGGAUAGGCCCAUUUUGGUAGGGCAGUCUUACACGGAGCAGGCUCAUAUAACAGUAUACAAGGAUGCCAACAAACUGCAGUUUUUCAAUAUUACAAAUGAAUUCACCUGCGUUGAUGUAGUUGAAGACGACGAAUCAUUGUUGCGGUACCACACUUUCAGCGUUGUGCAGCUUCAUGGUGCAGCUUCAGUUAGGGUCCGGACAAAAACAGCAUUCGAUGGCGAUGUCCUAGUGAAGCAGUCUAUAGCCGGUAGACCUAACGAGACAUACAUUGUAAGUGGCGGUCUUUAUCAUUCUGUUAAGGGGAGCAUAUAUGUAUUGGUAAUGCCGUGCGCAAAUUCUUGUCAAAUUCUGCCAAAUGUUGUGUUUUGUCGUGCAGAACGCGUGCAUAUGGUUAAGCAAGUUGCCCAGGUCCCCACAGAUACAGGUGUCGAGACAGAGUUUGAUGUAAAGCAGGUCCGGAUAGGCGACGGAGUGUCUUCCGAUGAUAGAGAUAAAUUGUUAGACUUACUGAAGAAAUAUAGGCAUUGUUUUGCUUCUUCUCUUGCUAGUCUAGGUUGCACCAACGCUGCUGAGAUGAGUAUUGAAUUGAACAGUCAACGUCCGGUCGUUUAUCGUCCCUAUAGGCUAUCUCAUCACGAACGAGAAAAGGUGCGCUCAAUGGUAGGAGAGAUGCUAGAGGCUGGCAUAGUCAGAGAGUCUGUGUCCGACUACGCGAGUCCCAUUCUUCUUGUUCGAAAGAAAGAUGGAUCUCUUCGGUUAUGUGUCGACUAUCGAAUGUUGAACUCGGUGACUGUGAAAGAAAGAUACCCUAUGCCCAUUAUCGAGGAAGAGAUAGCUCGCCUCGCUGGGCAGUCUUGGUUUAUCACUCUCGACCUCGCUUCUGGGUAUUACCAAGUUCCCAUUUCAGAGCACAGCAAGCACUUCACCUCGUUUGUUACCCCGGACGGCCAAUACGAGUUUAAUCGCAUGCCGUUCGGGCUAGCAAACGCUCCUGCUGUCUUUCAGCGCAUGAUCAAUUCAAUACUAGGAUCGGCCCGAUUUGGUAAGGCGACAGCAUACAUCGACGAUAUUCUCAUUUAUGGUCAAAGCCCCGCGGAAUGCUUAGAGCGCCUCGAAGACGUGUUGAAGGCUGUCGAAAGCGCGAACCUUACUCUUCUCUUAAUAUGUCGAAAUGUCACUUUUUGCGUCAGGAGAUUGAUUAUUUGGGGGUUGGCGGGUUAUUUUCGGAAGUUCGUUAGGGAUUUCGCUCAGAUAUCAUUGCCGCUCAGCAAACUGCUAAAGAAGGAUUCUAUUUGGGAGUUGGGAGAUAGUCAGGAAGAGGCGUUCGAAAAUCUGAAGGCAAGGUUAGUUGAAAGGCCCGUACUCUCUAUUUACGACCCGGCAGCCGAGACGGAGCUACACACGGACGCUAGGCCUUACCGUAUUAUUAAGGAUUUAGGUAUGGAUAGAUACACGGUUGCUCCCGUGCCAGGGCUGUCAUGUACAGAAAAUCGACGACCUACGACGGUUGCUGCGGACCGUAUAAAACCUUGGAUCAGUAUUGCUGCCCUCGAGGUAAAUGACGAUGAUUCGGACUCUAAUAGCAACAGUGAUGAUGAUGAUGAUAAUAUUCGAGACUAA